AUGCCUACCAAGGCCCUGUUUGAGGAGGCAAUUGAGCCAGUCAAGAAGGAUUUCCCGGCCAACUACAACCUCCUCAUGAAAAAUGACCUUGACAAAUGGACACACCAUGCUACCCCCAGCAACCUGGUGAACCUGAAGAUGUCCACCUCCAACUCUGCGGAGUCCACCAGGUGAACGAAAGGGGUGGAUAUGUUUAAAAGCCUUUUGCAGGUCCGAAUCGACGCACUAUACCCUUCAAGAGGAGCGUUUCUCGCUGGAUCUCAUAGAUGGUGCGUCAGGAUGUCCUCUCACUCAGCGUCAAGCGGCAGAUGUCGGUUCCCGUUUGGGCGUACACAGGAGUCAGCGUUUUGUGAAGCCCCCGACAGCCGACCACUCACUGUAGUUCCGAGUGUUCUCUGUUGACAUUUCCAUCGCUUCUUCUCAUUUAUGCAUGUGAUCUUGUGUCGUGAAUGUUGGUGGUAAUCGAAGUGGUAUUUAGUAGGUGCUUUUUUUUUCAGUGGGUCGAUCCAACAUGAAAGAAUCCAAGAUGAAGCAACUAUUUACCAUCCCUCACUACUAUACAUCCGCAUAAAAAAGACUUGGUGGAUGGGUGCAUUUCUGUUUCCCAUCCGGAGAAUAUCGUAGCCCUUCCCUUGUCACCCGUUGGUCAGCGUGUCAGCCGGGUCCAUGCUAAACGUGCGGACACAUGUACAUUCUCACCCAAUUUUAUUAUUGUUAGGAAUCCUGCAGUCCCGAUUCUUCAACGCCCACUUGUCCGUGUGUUGUGAUUUCCUUCUCUACGCACCAGUGUGUGCGGCCACACGCUUUUUACGGUGUUCCUUUUUAACUCGUGAGCGUCUGAAUCGUUGAUGU